UUGCCUCGUGUGGGAUUGGCCAAACCAGUCACAAGAUAAUGUGAAGUAAAAAAAAAAAAACAUUGAAAGCGUCCCUACCAGUCAGAGCAGCAGCUGCAGCUUCAGGGAAAUUUUUAACUCUACAACAAUGAGUGAAUCACUGGUGGUGUGUGAUGUGGACGAAGAUCUGGUCAAAAAGCUGAGGGAGUUCCGUUUCCGGAAGGAGACCAAUAAUGCCGCCAUCGUCAUGAAGAUCGAUAAAGACAAGCAGCUUGUUAUUCUUGACGAAGAACACGAGGACAUUUCUCCUGACGAUCUGAAGGACGAGCUGCCUGAGAGACAGCCAAGAUUUAUCGUCUACAGUUAUAAGUACCAACAUGAUGAUGGACGUGUGUCUUAUCCCCUCUGCUUCAUCUUCUCCAGCCCAGUGGGUUGCAGGCCAGAGCAGCAGAUGAUGUACGCAGGAAGCAAAAACAAACUGGUGCAAACUGUUGAACUGACCAAGGUGUUUGAGAUCAGAAACACAGAGGACCUCACAGAGGAGUGGCUUAGGGAGAAACUUGGCUUCUUCCGCUAAAGUCUUCAGCUCAUCCAGGGGUCUGGGAUGUGAGGAGGAUCCAGGAUGCACAGCUCGUGUCAUCGCUGGGGGAGAACACACCACAGUUAACGUUUCCCUCCUCUUUGUACCAGUCCUGAUUUUAAAUACUGUGUGAAAACACUUUCUGUUCUCAGUUUUAGGCCUCUUUGGUGGAGUCUACUCGAUAUUACAACUCGUAGUUUGUCUGACGGUUCAGACAGUCGCAGGAGUGUGAAUACUUUCCUGUGACUGUCAAAAUCUGUGGCACUUACUAAAGCUCACCCAUGUGGCAGCCUAAAACUGAAAAUACUAUUUGACACAGGUCUGCUUUUGUCUCCCAUACGAUCUCCCCAUGUGCCAGUUAUGUGUCUGUAUUGAAUUAACACUCCCAUAGCUCUUCAACUGAACAGGAAUUGAUAGUGCUCAUCCGCCCUUCCUAACCAUGGUCAUUCAGGAGAAUUUAAAGGCAUUUUAACAACAGUUUCUGUUUCCUUACGUAGUUUACACCUUUUUAUGUUUAAUCAUUUUUCAUAAUUUGAGGGACUCUUACUUUUUUAGAUUUUUUUUUUAAAUUUUCUCUGGUGUAUCUAGGGUAAUGUAAUCAUACACUUCAUAGCAUUCAUUUCCAUUUGUUGUGAAAAACAAACUUCCUGCCUGAACAAUCACAGCUACAAUUCAGAGAACAAAUCUGAGUUUAGUCAGUUUCUCCUUCAGUAUUCAUUUAAGGGCAUUUUAAUUAUAAUUUAAGUUAAAAAAAAAAAACCACAAAAACACUACGAGCAUUUGACAAGAGGCUCUCCUAAGACUUACAGUAAAUGUGAUGUGUUGUACCGUCUCCUCUGCACAUGAACACGCUGACAGAAGCCACUACACCCACAGUAACAGGUUAGUCAGGGGCCAUCACACGGAGCAGAACUGCCCUUGUGAGUCCGUCAUCAGAUCACAUCCUAGAGAAGAAAAAACAGCGUGAACCUUUGGUAGAGCUGUGUUCUGCCUUUCACCUGCACCAACACCCCAGGAAACAAUACUUCCACUGACACAUUCCAGACUGAACAAUUUAUACAACAAACCCUCAUCUCCAGUGACCACGACAGUCUUGAAAACACUGCACACAGGGCGGCAUUACCUGCCCUCUUUUUACUCUACUGGGCUACUCUGUAUAAGUGGGUUACUGUGUCUUUAGGGAGAUUGUUAGCUAAUGUUGUGCAUUAUAGCUAUUACUGUUAUUAGUGUUUAUGAAUGUUGCGCUUAAUUCUGAUGUAAAGCCACUUUGAUUGCUUCGUGGCGGUCACAGCCUUGAGAAUGAGCGGCUGUGACUUCUCCAAAUGCCAGUUGUGCUUAAAAUUUAGACUUGGUAGGUAAAGUACAGCAUCUGCACAAUUUACAUUUUCCAUAAAGAACAGGGUUUGACCAAUAUAACUUUUUGAAGGCUGAUACUAAUAAUUAUGAGUUGAAUGUGCCAGCAGGUCCUACUUGUGACCUGUAUUCUGUCGUAUUGGCUUUGUGAUUAAACACAGACGGAGGCUUUAAGCAAGUUACAUAUUCAGUUUGCUGGAGUACACAGUUAAAACAACAAAUAAUGUGUCACUUUCCACACGCUUAUGGACUCUGUUGUAUAUUUUUGGCUAUUUUCACACCCGAAAAAUGACAGUGCUUCCCUGUUUCCUGCUGAAAAUGCAGCACACUACAACUCUAAACCAAACUAAGACCUUAACGAUUAGCAGUUCUUAACAACAUCCUGAGAUAGAUAAAAAGCUAAAUAAAUUGUGCUCAACAUCUGCAAAGAAAAUUGCAUUGUAGGUGCCCCUCCAUUAUAGAGGUGGUGGAUGACUACAGAAGCAGAUUUUGUGGUUAUUAAUAAAAGCUUAAUAUCAGCUCAGUAUAUUGGUCUGACCCUAAUAAAGAAUAAUAGGCACAAAUGAAUUUCACACAUUCCCUCAUCAGUGUCGUCUCGUAUUGAGAAACUUGUACUUUGGGAACAGAUAUUGGAGGGUUGUGGCUGAUUUAAAUCACCCCAUAGUCUAUGAUGUCCUACUGCUACGUUUACCAUACUAAUGCCUUGUCUGACAUUUGUGUCAUAUUUAUGUCUGUUUUGAAAAACCAUGUGGCCAAAAUUAAAAACAUGACACAAAUAUGUUUUGUGAGGGAAAAAUAGAUGGUGAUUGAAAAAGCUUUGUUGGAGAUUUUUUUUUCUACAACACUAAUCUUUGUUGUUUUUUUUUUUUUAACUUUCUGAUCUAUAAAGUCAAAGAGACAUUUUUCUUUUUUUUCUGUCAAAGUAUAAACCUGGUUACAUUAAAUAAUAGAAACAAUUUCUUUUUCUAAAGAUCGGACUCAAAGAGACAAUAUGUACGCACAAUCACAGCGUGUCCUGUAGAUCAUUUAGUGAUGUCAAAUGUUAGACAGUAAUCAUUUAUGAUUUACAUGUCGGGCAAGGUUUAGCCUAACAGGAACAAUGGGAUAUAACUGUAAUCACUUGUUUUUUCUGUCUACUAAUGACAUCUGAACUAAGGUUUAAACUAUCAGCUUGGUAUUAUGCUGCUGUAGCAGAAAAACAGAGCUCCAUCUGGGUAAUUAUUAUACUCGCAAUGGUUUCUGUUCUUACUUGAGCUGAAGUUGUGUGCUAUCCUUUAUGGGUAAAGGAAGUUUUAUGGCCCUAAGACCUGCUAAACCCUUUUGGACUUUCAAAAAUGCACAGCUAACCUGAAAUUAAGGGUGUCUAUUGACUGAAGUACAAGGAUUGUUUUGACAAAAGCAAUACAGGCUCACUCUGAAACAGUCUUAGUAUUUCACUUGAAAUAUGUGCAAUGUACUGCUUUCCAUGUGAAUACAUAAAAACAUGUUCAACUGUUCUCUGGUUCAAAGGAAAUUCUUGAAAACCUCUUAAAUGUGGAGAGCUACUGUAUAAGAAGUGCAUGCUUUAACGUAUGUCUGAACAGUUCGCAUAAAUCUGACAGAAGUUUCCGAAUGGCACGCUCAAGGAUUUGCUGUUCUGUUGCACGCUUUCUUUCAGAACAGAAAAUUAAUCUUAAAUGAUUAAGUUAAUUUGAUUUGAUUGAAAAAAUUGCAUCUCAAACAUCUGGUUUUUCGGCUGCAUUCUUACUCUAUCUAAAGUUUUUACAUACCAACAACCCUCUUCUUUUAUACAUUUUCAUGCAAGUGGGAUGUAACAGACUGUACAUUGGUCAAGUAUAAAAAAUUAUUUCCCUAGUACAAGGUCUAUUGGAAAAAAGAGUUUGCUUUUGGUUUUGAGCCACGUAUCUGGUUAUGUCCUGUGGAUCUAAUAGCUUUUCCUUUUAUAUGGUGAGCCUGUUAUAUAUUUGGCCUUUUGAGUCUUUUUCUGUAACCUGCAAAUGUGUUGUUCAGCUUUUGGUGUCCUCUCUGAACAAAUGCCUACUAUUCUCUUUCCUUUUUAAUAAAAAAAAAAAAAACACCUGAAACAUGUAUCAUAAUCAGCUGCCUCAUGGCAUCAGUGAAACUUGAGAUAUUUGUAUUUUCCCAUACUUUAUAAAGUGUCUAUUGUCCUAUUGUCCAAAUAAAGUGACAGCGAUGUUUA